AUGGUUUUGCUUAAAAACUCUGUCCUUUUAAUGGGCUCAUUGGCGGCUUCUGCCAAUGCUGCUUCAAUGGUUUCCUCUCAAGUUCUAUUUUCAAAUUCAUCUUUAACUAUUAGCUCUGAGGAUGUCAGAACUACCACAACAAGUUUCAGCCAAUGGACUGGUACUUUUACCACAACUUUCAGUACUGAUAUUAUAACCAUCGAUGGUACUGACAACUUUAAGACUUUGGAAACAACGUACUACGUUUUGACACCAGGUUCAGCAACUUUUGAAUCCAGUUCUUCAAGUGCCUCUGAAACCGCUACUAAUUCAACUUCUGAAGCUACCUCUGAAGCUACCUCUGAAAUUGCUUCCGAGUUCUCUUCAACUUUUGAAAUUACCACUUCAGCUAAUGCUACUACUAGUAUUUUGGAUUCAAGUUCCUCUGCUAUCGCAUCAGCCAACAGCACAGUUCCAACUGAAGAACCAACUUCCGUAGAAUCUACUUUAUCUUCUGCCCACAGCUCUGCUAACGAAACUGCAACUUCUGUUGAAUCCACAUUAUCUUCUGUCUACACUUCUGCCAAUGAAACUGCAACUUCUGUUGAAUCCACUUUAUCUUCUGUCUACACUUCUGCCAAUGAAACCAGACCUUCCGAAUCAACUACUGUCGAAUCUACCUUAUCUCCAGUUUACAGUUCCCACAAUGCCACCUUAUCCCAAACUACUGAACAUUCUUUGACUGCUAUCUCCUCUGAAUCAACUUUAUCUCCUAUCUACACUUCCUCUAACACCACUUCCACUCAUGAACAAUCUGUUACCACUAUUACUACUACCGAAUGUUCCAAUGACGUCUGCUCCACUGUCACUAUCACUGAACCAUGUUCUUCUGAAACUGUCACUUCCACUCAUGAACAAUCUGUUACCACUAUUACUACUACCGAAUGUUCCAAUGACGUCUGCUCCACUGUCACUAUCACUGAACCAUGUUCUUCUGAAACUGUCACUUCCACUCAUGAACAAUCUGUUACCACUAUUACUACUACCGAAUGUUCCAAUGACGUCUGCUCCACUGUCACCAUCACUGAACCAUGUUCUUCUGAAACUGUCACCGCUACCCAUGAACAAUCUGUUACCACUAUUACUACUACCGAAUGUUCCAAUGAUGUCUGCUCUACUGUCACCAUCACUGAACCAUGUUCUUCUGAGACUGUCACCACCCAAGAGCAAAGCAUCACUACUUACACCACUACUGAAUGUUCCAAUGAUGUCUGCUCUACUGUCACUGUCACCGAACCAUGUUCUUCUGAAACUGUCACUCACGCUCCAACAACUACCACCCAUGUUAUCCCAGGUACAACUAUUGUUACUUCUGGUAAGACCUUCGUUGUUCCACCAACCACACUUACAAAGGUGGUUUCUUCUGCUUCUACUCCAUUGACUACAACUAAACAUGUCACUUCAGCUGCCACUACUAAAACUCAAUUGACUUCAUUAGAAACUGAACAAAACAAAUCACACUCAACCACUUUGGCUACCGAAGAAGUUAAAUCUCAUUCUACCUCUUUAGCUACUGAAGAAGUUAAAUCCCACACUGUAUCAGCUUACAGUUCCAAAACUUCUACCGCCUCUGUCUCUUCUUUCACUGGUGGUGCCAACAUCAAUUUUUCCAACAUUGCUGUUUUCAACACUUUAUUGGCUUUCGUAUUCUCUUUGAUUCUAUAA